AUGAAGGCCUCACCAUUCCUUGCCGUGGGCCUGUUCCCCCUCGCCGCCACAGCAAGCCCACACACAACCCACAACAAAAACAACACCAAUUCUCCACCCGAAGUAAUAUUCGACACAGACUUCAACACAAUCGGCGACGAUGGCCAAGCCUUCGCAAUGGCAGCCCAGCUGCACAGCGCAGGGGAAUUAGACCUCCUCGGCAUAAGCAUAGUAACAGGCAACCAAUGGCUAAACCAAGGCGUGUCCGACGCCCUCAAAGCCGUCGAGCGCAUGGGCAUCGCAGACACAGUCGGCGUGUACGCCGGCGCCCCAGCACCAAUCCUGCACACCUACCCAGCCUACCAGCUAGAACGCGCCGCAUUCGGCAACGCAACACGCUACAUCGGCGCCUACACGCACCCAGGCCCGCAGCCCCUAGUCGCCCCGCCCGACGGCUUCGCGACCACCACGGCGGCGCGGCCACAGCACGCGGCGGACUUCAUCAUCGAGACGGUGCGCGCGCACCCGCACGAGGUAUCGCUCCUCGCGCUGGGCCCGCUGACCAACAUCGCGCUGGCGAUAGCGCAAGCCCCGGACAUCGUGCCGCUGGUGCGGCGGCUUGUCAUCAUGGGCGGGCAGGCGUAUGUCCCCGGGAACGCGUACCGGGGCGCGGGGGAGACGAACUGGUGGUUCGACGCCGAGGCGGCGCGGGUGGUGCUGCGGGCUGGGGGGUUCGCGGCGCGGAAAAUCAUUGGGCUGGACGUCACGGACACGGUGGCGAUUUCGAACGAGACGUAUGAUGCCGUUGCGGGGCACACGCCGCCUACGGCUGUUACGAGGCUGUUUGAGGGGAUUGAGCGGUGGCCGUAUGUUUAUGAUACUGUUGCGCUGGCGUCGCUUUAUGAUGAGAGUUUUGACACGGAUGUGCGGGAGUUGUAUGUCGAUGUGGAUUGUGACUUUAGUGCUGAGUAUGGGAAGGGCCUCGUGUGGGAGGAGGAUCCGUACCCGGGGCUUGGGGUCUUGAACGUCUCGUCUGUGGUAUUUGGGAUCGACAAUGCGCGGUUCUUUGAUCUUUAUGUUGACCUACUUACCCGUCCGAUAUCUGGGUCUUCAUAG